UCCUCAACUAUAUUUACGUUCCCUGUUAAGUGAAUAAACCUAAAUUUUGCAAAUUUCCAGUUAAUUCCCAUUUUUUUUUUUGUUAAUUCUCAUGGAAAGUUUCCAACUUUGAAAAUUCCCCGGAUUUUGUGACCCUAGGUGUGUUGUCUAAAACAUGCAGGGCAGUGGGUCCUGAGGACCUGGGUUCAGGAACCCUGAUAUGGACCACAUAUAGAAACAGAAGAGCCUGGUUCUGGGGGGCCCUGGUCCCGCUGGUGGAGCCUUCUACUGGUGGCUGCUGUCAGAAUUUGGGUUCAUUCAGCUCGCUUGUCAGCGUCUUUUAUUUUGACACCCGGUUGAGAGGAAGUGACGCCAGAGAGCUAGCCGCUAACUUCCGGGCUGCUUUCGGCAGUCAGUCCUGUGUAACAUCGGACUCAUUAGAAGCGAACUGCGGACAGAAAGCCGUGCAGACAGACGGAGCGACGAGCGGCAGAACCGGGCAGGAGCUGCAUGGCGGCGGCUGUUUCUGCGGGAGGGCCGGCUCUUAUCAUGGAGAACGGACAGAGCACUACCAAGCUGGGGCUGCCGCCGCUGACCCCCCACCAGCAGGAGGCGCUGCAGAGGGCCAAGAAGUACGCCAUGGAGCAGAGCAUCAAAAGCGUGCUGGUGAAGCAGACGCUGGCGCAGCAACAGCAAUUCAGCAGCCUGCAGAUGGCGUCUCUCACGAUGGGGUUGGGAGACGCUCUGUCUCCUCUGCAGUCGCUGGUUAUGUGGUCAUGUGAUCCUGUCCAGGUAGCAGCUCAGAGGCAGAGAGCUCUGGCCAUCAUGUGUCGGGUCUACGUUGGCUCCAUUUAUUAUGAGCUGGGUGAGGACACCAUCAGACAGGCCUUCGCCCCAUUUGGACCAAUCAAAAGCAUCGAUAUGUCUUGGGACUCUGUCACCAUGAAGCACAAGGGUUUCGCCUUUGUGGAGUACGAGAUGCCAGAAGCAGCUCAGCUGGCUCUGGAGCAGAUGAACUCCGUGGUCCUGGGAGGACGGAACAUCAAGGUUGGGAGGCCCAGCAACAUUGGUCAGGCUCAGCCAAUCAUCGACCAGCUGGCAGAGGAAGCGCGUGCCUUCAACAGGAUCUACGUGGCAUCCGUCCACCCUGACCUCUCGGAUGAGGACAUAAAGAGCGUCUUUGAGGCCUUCGGGAAGAUCAAGUCCUGCAUGUUAGCCCGUGAGCCAACAACCGGACGCCACAAAGGCUACGGCUUCGUCGAGUACGAUAAGCCCCAGUCUGCUGUGGAUGCUGUGGCCUCCAUGAACCUGUUCGAUCUGGGUGGGCAGUACCUGCGAGUUGGGAAAGCUGUGACUCCUCCCAUGCCCCUCCUCACACCAACAACCCCUGGAGGACUCCCUGCUGCCGCCGCUGUGGCGGCGGCAGCCGCCACAGCCAAGAUCACUGCUCAGGAAGCAGUGGGAGCGUCGGUGCUGGGAGCUCUAGCCGGACCUGCCCUCCUCUCUCAGCAACUUGGACUUCCUCAGGCUGUCAUGGCUGCCCAGGCCCCAGGUGUCAUUACAGGCGUGACCCCUGCCCGACCGGGCCUACCUCAGGUUGGGUUGGUGAACCCGGUUCUGGCGACGCCGCCGUCAAUCGGCGCUUCUCUUGGUGCUGAGCUGAAGGAGGAGGCGGAGGUGGUGCAGCAGGACGGAGCCAUGGAGCCGCUGAGCGAGCAGGAGUACAUGAGCAUCAGUGGCAGCAGCGCCAGACAUAUGGUGAUGAGGAAGCUGCUGCGGAAGCAGGAGUCCACCGUCAUGGUCCUCAGGAACAUGGUCGGUCCCGAUGACAUUGACGAUGACCUGGAGGGCGAGGUCACGGAGGAGUGCGGGAAGUUCGGCCUGGUGAAGCGAGUCAUCAUCUACCAGGAGCGUCAGGGCGAGGAGGAUGAUGCCGACGUCAUCGUGAAGAUCUUCGUGGAGUUCUCGGAGGCUGCAGAGAUGAACCGGGCCAUCCAGGCGCUCAACAACCGCUGGUUCGGAGGACGUAAGGUGGUCGCCGAGGUUUACGACCAGGAACGCUUUGACAGCAGCGACCUGUCUGCGUAGAACACCCAUCAAGAGUUUGUUCUUGGUGUCGUCUCCAUGGAAACGUCUGAAGACGUCUUUUCAUCCUGCUCGUCGUUCUUCUCUUGGAUCCGGUCCUGGACCACUUUCUGUUUUCAGUUCGCUUCAAGUGGCAGCGAGAUCUCUGUUACCAUGGUUACGUGUCUGUUCUCCAUCCUCCUCCUCCUUGUUACCAUGUAACACGACUUCCUGCUGCUCUGACAUCACUGCAACCUCCAGCAGUGGUCAGAUCCUGAUCCUGAUCCUGGAGCUGGAGCGGGCCAGACGGUGCUAUCAGAGCCUGAUCUGGGCCCAGGUUGUGGUCGUGCUCUGCCCCAGAGAACCUGGGUUCUGGUCUGGUUUUUAACAGGUUUCCCAGCAGGAAGCAGGAUGCUGGAUGGUGCGUUCAGGAACACUGUGAAACAGCGUGCAGGAUGGAAAGCUGAAAGGUGGAGCGGUUCUGGUCCAGAUGAGUCUUUUUUGUUUGGUCCGAAGUUUGUGUUAUUUAACGAACAUCAGAACCGUCUGGUCCUUUCUCCAGAACUGACAGACUGUCCCUGAACGCAUCACGGCAUGGCAAGGCAGCCUGUCUGCUCGGUGCCGUGUGGUUCUGGUCCGGUGACGUUGUCUGAACCAGCCCUUUGGAGAACCGCCGGUCAGGACCGGACCGACCCUCAGCAGGCCAGUGCUGCAUUCAGGUGCUCAUCAGGUUGUUGGAGGCCAAACCGAAUCGGUUUUUGCUGCUGUUUGAUUGGCUGACAGAACCGGGUUUUAUAAUAAAAAGACUGAAACUCAGAGCAGGUGUUCUGGUUCUGAUCCAAGUUUAGUUGAGCCGGUUUUCGUGCUUUUCAAACUUUUUAUACAAAACUGGCAUUUCUUUUUCUUUUCUUUG